UCUGAUAUUUAGCAUUUUUCUUUCGAAAAUGCUAUUUGACACGCGAGAUGGGCGCUUGACAAAUAGCAAAACCUUUUUUGUUUAAUCCUGGUCCUGGAACUCAGUACAAAGUUUGUGUAUAUGCACAACCAAACACUGCCCGAGACGAGCGCACCUAAAUAUUCACCCGAUAAGGACGUUAAUUUCACCGGCCAAAUCCGAAUCAUUUCGGCCUCGCUAUCAGCUGUAACGUUUCGGUUUCGGCCUAUUUAUAUCCCUCAAUCAACUGUAAAAAGACGAUUUUAGAGAAAAAUCCAAAAAAGUGAUGGGGAGCGAAGAGGACAACAAGAAGACCCAGACAGUCGAAGCUCGAGCUAGAAGCAUUAGCCACAAUGUUCGGUGCACCGAGUGCGGGAGCCAGUCCAUUGAAGAUUCACAAGCUGAUGUUGCCGUUCUUUUGAGGAAGCUUAUUAGAGAUGAGAUUAGGUCCGGUAAAAGUGAUAAAGAGAUAUAUAAAAAGCUUGAAGAAGAUUUUGGGGAAACAGUACUCUACACACCUCGUUUUGAUAUGCAAACUGCAACUUUGUGGUUAUCACCAGUUAUUGUUGCGGGGGUAGCUGCUUGGGUGUGGGCCUAUCAGAGGCAUAGGCAGAAAACUAAUGUGCACAUCAUGGCUCUGAACCUUGUGAGAGGUGUUCCACUGACUCCCAAGGAAAAGGAAACAAUGCUAGAUCUCCUCACACAUCCCCCUCCACCUAGAAGGUGGUGGUGGGGUUAAUGACUCGUUGUCAAUAAGAAUUUUUAUAUCCUAGAUAGACAUUCAGUAUUUCUUUUUUAAUAGGAUCAAAAUUUUCAUGCUACACUGAUGGUUUCUCCAUGCUUGCUGCAUUUGGACCAUAACCUUGUUAGCAUAAUAUUCAUAUCAUUGCGACUUGUAUUUUCUACAUGUCGGCAUACGGUUUCUCCAUGUUUGCUACAUCUGGACCAUAACCUUGUUAGCAUAAUAUUCAUAUCAUUGCGACUUGUAUUUUCUACA